AUGUAAAAUCUCAAACAAUUGGUGUAUAUGAGAUAAAUGCCCUCAAAUUUAAUAGCCUUUUCCUCGAAGGAGGGUAAGAGACUAUUCAAAGAAGCAUUGGAUUAAAACACUAUGGAAUGCUACUUUCCACUUGCUGAACAAUUUAUCACCUAAUUGCAUCCGACUACUUGUGGAUCGACAACAUUGGUCAUGGUGUUGAAUGCUCUUAAGAUCGAUCCAGGAGUGCAAUGGAAAGGAAUUUGGAAAUGGUACACCGAAGAGAAUUUGCAUGGUUUAAAAAAGGAACAUUUAGAUAAUGGUAUAGAUUUGGAUGCAUUUUCGCAUAUUGCUAAACACAAUAAAGUGGCCAUUCAAACCUUCUAUCAUCCAAAUUUGUAUGAAUAACAAUAUGAAUAAAAAAAUUUUUAUGAUUGUUAAGAGAAGUGUACUCGAAUUCAAAAUCACCAUAAAAUAGCAUCGGUUCAGACAUUCUAGACCUGUUUGGAAGCUUCUUCCAGAAUGGACAGACUCUUUAUGGUAGUAAAUAACAGCAGAAAAAUAAUGGGGCAAACAGGAGAGGGACACUUCUCGCCAAUAGGAGGAAUUCAUUUAAAGGAGAAAAAAGUGAUGCUCUUUGAUGUUGCAAGAUUCAAGUAUCCUCCUCAAUGGUGCGAUUUUGAUCUGCUCUAUAAUUCCAUUGCCCCAAUCGACAAGGACAAUAAUAUGACAAGGGGAUUUGCAUUGAUAACGAAAACAUUGGAUUACGACAUUUAAAGUUAAUACUCAAGGUAGAUUCUAUAGGAUUGGUUUAAAAAUAAGACUGAGAGUAGUAGUGAUCUGCCAAACCAGUUAUCAGUUAUAUUUGUUUACUACUUGUUUAUAGUGUUGCAGAGAAUUGAAAUGCAAAAGACAAAUAUUCACACUAUCCCAUUUUAAUUGGCUUUAAGGGAGGAAUCUAGAUACAAUAUUGAUUAAGCUUUGAUAUAGAUUAAAGGAUAGAAACAUCUGCACAGUUUAAUAAGCGAUUUUACUUUUUAGUACCCUGAUCUAAUCACAACUAUAAGUUGUCUUCUUUACAACAUUUUAUGUGGUUAUCAAAUAAGCCAUAGAGAAUUGACUGAAGAAUAUGAACUGAUGAGAAUGAUAUUAGGAAUUUGA